GGAGACGCGUGGCCCUGGGCUGGCGCUUAGCUCCUGCGGCCGCGGGCUCGGCGGCCGCGGGUCUUGGGCUGCCCCAGGCGCAGGUGGCGGCCGGGAGGGCGGAUGGACUGCCGCGGUGGGGCCGGGGCAUCCGGGUACGGCGAAGAGGGCGAGGACGAGGAGGAGGAGGAGGAGGAGGAGCGAGAGGGUGACCCUGCGAGCUCGCAGAGACCCAAACUGCCCCCCAUAGCAGGCAACGCCUUAGAAUUGAGCAAACAGAAGGUGAAGAAGAAAAGGAAGAAGAAGAAGACGAAAGGGUCGGGCAAGGGGGACGCAGAUAAACAUCAGAGUCGAGGCCUGAAGAAUCAGCAGCUGUCCUCAUCCUUCCACGACAUCUUAAGUCCCCGCAAAGAUCCCGGCCCGAGGCCAGAGCGCAAGCAGGACAAAGCUGAAAGCAAGCCCACGCCCCCUUACUCCUCCACUCGAAGUCUCCGCUCUGUCGCUGAAAUAGAAGAGCACCUCGCCAAGCAGGUCAACGAAAGCCUGCGUUGGGAUGGAAUUCUCGCCGACCCGGAGGCAGAGAAGGAAAGGAUUCGCGUAUAUAAACUGAACCGGAGGAAGCGGUACCGGCUCUUGGCCCUGAAGGGCCUCCACCCUGACCCGUGCGCCGAGGAGGACCCGGAGAGCCGACCCUACCUCCCGGAGACAGACGGUGGCCCCGACGGCAGGAAAGCCCACCACCCCGAUCCCUUCUUCCGAGGCACUGUCACACAUUCUGACCUGGCUCUGCCAGAGUGACCAUCCCCCCCCCCCCCCCCCCGACACCGACCGGCUUGUGCAUUGUCCUCCCCACAGGUUUACCCUUAGAAAAGAAUAAUAAAAAGAAAUCGGACCUCCGUCGGAAGGAAGCGGAUGUCUGGUGAGUCCGGCGGGUUGGCCUCUCUCCUUCCACCAGGGCGUCCGAAUCGGCCGGGGGAACCGCAGUCCCUUAACCUCCGCAGUGUAAUGGACAGAGCUGCUUCAGGAUUUUUUGUUUCUUUCUCGGACAAGUUGGCAUCUCUUUCUUACUUAAUUUCUCGUCGCAGAUGUCUGUCAUCUCCCCCUCAGAAAGAGAAUGUGUAGAUGAUCUCAGUUCUAAAUCUUAAGCUAAUUUAACGGGUAAAACACAGCAUGCUUCCCUGGGCCAGAGAAAAGUGCCUCAAAUAUCCUGGAGCCUUUUUUUUUUUUUUUUUUUUUUUUUUUUUAAAUUACACACACUCCCUGCCCUGAUGUGGUUGUCAAAAUAACUGAGUUCCAGAACUCCAACCCUGGGAGAUAAUUAUGAGAAGGCUCAAAAGGAAUAUUGCUUCUCUUCUAAAUAUGGUCCUCCCAGAGAGCAAAUUGCUGGUUGCCAGAGGGGAAGGGGUGGGGGCAUGGGGGAAAUGGGUAAAGGGGCCCAACUGCUCAGUGAUGGAUGGUAAGCACACUUGUGGUGGUGAUCACCUUGUCGUGUGGGCAAAUACUGAAUUAUAAUGUACACCUGGAACGCCGUAAUGUUAUAUACCAAUUUUAUCUCACUUAAAAAAUAUAUAUAUAUAUUGUCCUCUAAUCCCCUAAAACGGGAUUUUAAGCAAAGUUCUGGAGGAUUAAAAAGACCUUACUAUGCUACUUGUCCUAAAUUAAUAUCCUUCCCUCGCACGAGUAUUUAUUGAGGGCCAUGUGUUGGGUUAGUUUGGGUUUUCCAGAAGCAGAUCCCGAGACAAAGACCCAAAUGCAACUAGAUUAUUUGGGGGGCAAAGGAAAGGUCAGUAGAGAAGGCACAGGAGGGAAAGACCAUCAGUCCAGGGACACUGUUAAACCAGUUUCCAUACUGGGUAGCUGGAGCUUAUCCAGCCCGAGAGUGAGGGAGCUGGGCUGUUAUACUGCCCAUAGGCAUUGGCUGAGGUGUGGUGCUGGGGGGGGGGGGGGCGUGUUAAUUUCCUGUCAUUUCCAGCCUGCCAAAGGUGUGGGCCUUGAGACCUACUUCCGUUGGGGGCACGGGGAUCACCCUCAGGCACAAAGAUGCAGCCCUCGUGAGGGGUCCAAGGGAUAGGGUAGUUUCUAUGCAGCAUAGUGUAGGGCCCAAGAGGGUCAGAGCGGAGGUCUAAGAUCAGGUCCCUGCCUUCUGAGGAAUUAAAGACCUGCAGUGUACUCAGGAAAAGUUGAAAGCCAAUACAAAACAUCACAAUGCCUUUUUGAAAGUUAAGCACAAGUGGUCAUCUUGGUCCCUGUUAGCCCCAGCUGACCGAGCAGCCUUCUUCCUGCCUUAAACAGCUGCUUACAGAGUUUUCACGUUUGGAAGAGGCCUGUCCUCCCCUGGAGAGCCCCCCUGGCAGGGGCCCUCGAGCAGACAGCAAUGGCCCUCUCUGUGUGGCCAUCCAGGUUGAAGGGCAACCAUGGAAUCACGUGAAGGGAACGUGGGCUUUGGUGCGGCCCCAAAGGGAGGAGGACAGGGGAUGUGUGCCACAGGACCUUGCCCGACACCCCAGUGCUCAAGGUGAAGACAGCAGAGGGUGGAAAGCUGGGCUGCACCUCCCGUGGUCUUCGGGUCAGCCACAGUGUGCCUGAGGGAGUGCGGCGCAUGGAAGGGUCUGUGGCCUCAGGAUGUCUUGGUCGCUUUGCAUUAGAGCUUUCUUUCCGUGGGUGGUGAGAGUGGGGAUGGCCUGUGGUCACCUUUCUGCUAUGAGACAGUCUGGCAUAGUGGUGGAAAUGAUGAGUUCUGACGUCAGAGCUGAAUUUUUCUCUUUCCCACUAUAUGUGCGGGCUGUGUCACCUCGGGCACACGGAAUGGCCUCUCCAAGCAUGAGUCACCGUAUCUGGAAAGAGGGACGCAGAUACCUACCUCAGUGCCGUGAGAAUCACAUGCAAUAAUUACGUAGGGCAUUUGGCAUAGCGCCUCGCCCCCUGGGAAGCACGCAAUCCAUAGUAGGAGUUUUGGCGAUGAUGUUUUGGGCCGGGGUAACUCCGCAGCUGUUGGAGAGACCGGCCUGGUGCUGGUGUAGAGCUCACCUCAUCAAAGGGCGAGCUUCACAAAGAAAUGGGGAUUCAGUGGCUGGCCAAUUCAAAGAAGCCACAAAACAAAGUCCUGGGGUGCAGCCAAGAGGGAAUGUGGGAGGAGUGAAGCCAGGGUCUCAGAGUCUGGUGUUUGGGGGGCCUUUGGGCUGAACAAAAAAGUGCCUACUUGGAACUUGGAACCUUUUUAUUACGAAGUGGUUUUCCAUUUUGUGAAUAUACGCCACAGACAUUUCAGUCACUGUGAAAUGGACACAUUGCAGUUACCUCAUAUGGCUCUAGUGAAUAAAACUGUCAUGAGUGUG